UUAGCUAGUCUAAGAAUUUAUCUCUGAGAACAUCCAGCAAUUUUUCUGAGUUUAAAGGGAGACUUUCACAGGGCUGGUCGGUGCGGUCAUUCCCGCCUCCAGGAGAACAAUAGUAACUGGCUAUCUCGAAAUGCCCUGCUUUCACGUUAUUUCGGGUUCAGCUUUGUGGGAUUUUGGGGUGCUCUUCCUUCCACAACGACCGUGGCUCACCCGAACCGAGCACGUUAAAAUUGUAAUGUCACUAACGGCUGAAUUACGUGGCUAACUUUGAGGCUGACCGUUGGGGAUGAAGUGAACGUUAAUGUCGUUAGCUAGGUUAGCUGGACGGAGCUGAAGUUUGUUUGCCACUCGCCUGCUGCUUAUUCGAAUUUUCCGUCCCACCUUACGUUUUGUCCCUCGUACAAGCAUCAGAAUUACGUCGUUUAAGGUGGAACGGAAAAUGUGAGUAAGACGCUAACUUAACUUCAGCCUCGUCGUGGUCGGUCAGCCUGAGACUGAGGCGACACGUUGCUUGCGCCACCCAGGCGCGCGUUCACUCCAAACGGUGGAAAAAACAACGCACCGACGCUGAAGUUUCGAGAACAACGAUUUAUUUGUAUUCGAGCUGGUAAAAUACAGAUUGGGAUUGUUUUCCCUCGGUUAACCGGCGACAUUUCCCAUAUUUCGACUGUAAUUUUCGUUACUCCUAAAAACUAGACAGGAUUUUUUUUUUUGUUUGUUUUUUAUCCUGACUGGACCGUCUAGUUAGGUUCGCUAGUUGGCACCACCACACUGAAAUCGUCGUUGUCCGAACUUGCAUAGCUAUCUCGUUACAUCCUCGGCAUUUCUUCGUGCUCGCCCAUGUGCUUGUGCUCUUCCCAGUGCUACUAACCACCUUGCUGUUGUGACAACGGUCGGUAGGCCAUGUGGAAUCUAUUGUCAGUGGUUGUUUUUUCCGGCUGAAAGGCGGUUAUUACUUUUCCAGGGAGGUGUACAGAAGAGAAGAGAAGAACUGACGCCCUGUUAGAAGUCUCAAACCUGUGACACAUACUCGGUCCUUAUGGAGGCCUGUUUAGCAUGUGUAGCCUUGGCAUUUUGCUCCGUUUUGUUGCCUAGAAGGCUUUUUCUAGCUUCUGUGCGAGCUCAGCGUCCUCAUAUUCUGUCUUUGAGGUAAAGGGGUUUGGGCUGGAGGCUUAACUACUCUCCCAGAUGUUUCUCCCACAAAGCUGUUCUGUUCCUGUGCGGCUAAUGCUGGCGCUCUUGGAAUAUAAUGAUCGCCCAGCUUGACUUUUCUGGGCUCAGUACUGAGAAGUGUGUUGUAGCAGUAAUAUCAUGAGCUGGAGUUUCCUUACACGGCUUCUGGAGGAGAUCUCCAACCACUCCACCUUUGUGGGGAAGAUCUGGCUCACACUGCUCAUCGUGUUCCGCAUUGUCUUGACUGUGGUUGGUGGCGAGUCCAUCUACUAUGAUGAACAGAGUAAAUUUGUGUGUAAUACGGGGCAACCUGGUUGCGAGAAUGUGUGCUAUGACGCCUUCGCACCGCUCUCACAUGUCAGGUUCUGGGUUUUCCAGAUCAUCAUGAUUACUACCCCCACCAUCAUGUACCUGGGCUUCGCCAUGCACAAGAUCGCUCGCAUGGAGGACGAUGAGUACAGGCCACGGUCACGCAAGCGCAUGCCCAUGAUCAAUCGCGGCGCCAACCGUGACUACGAGGAGGCGGAGGACAAUGGUGAGGAGGACCCCAUGAUAUGCGAGGAAAUCGAGCCUGAGAAGGAAAAGGAGCCAGAGAAGCCAACUAAGAAGCACGAUGGGCGGCGGCGCAUUAAACGUGAUGGUUUAAUGAAGGUUUAUGUGUUCCAGCUGCUUUCCCGUGUUGCCUUUGAGGUGGCCUUCCUUUUUGGCCAGUAUGUUCUGUAUGGCUUUGAAGUUGCCCCCUCAUAUGUUUGCACACGGAGCCCCUGCCCCCACACUGUAGACUGCUUCGUCUCCCGUCCCACCGAGAAAACCAUCUUCCUGAUGAUCAUGUAUGCCGUGAGCUCACUCUGUCUGUUCCUCACUGUGCUUGAGAUCCUCCACCUGGGUAUCAGCGGCAUCCGUGAUGUUUUCCGCAAUCGAACACGCCGCCACCACCAUGUACCAAUGACUGGCCAGAGGCCCGUGAUGUGCAGUCAAGUCCCAACAGCGCCCCCUGGUUACCACACUGCCUUGAAAAAGGACAACACGGGCAAACUGGCUAUUGGCAUAAAGCCUGACUACAACUUGGGUGACUCGGGGCGGGAGUCGUUUGGUGACGAGACGUCGUCCCGUGAGCUGGAGCGGCUGCGCAGGCACUUAAAGCUGGCCCAGCAGCAUCUGGACCUGGCCUACCAGAGUGAGGAGGGCAGUCCUUCACGCAGCAGCAGUCCCGAGUCCAAUGGCACUGCUGUUGAACAGAACAGACUCAACUUUGAGAAGCAGGAGAAGCAGGGAAGCGCUUGUGAGAAAGGUAUCAGAGCCUGAAUCUGAGAGAUGCUUCUGCUUUCCUGCCUGCCAAGACACUGUCCCAUGGUAAAGGUUGGUCAUCCAGGAAAACGGAUAUGGACAUUAUUGAGUGUUUUUUUUUGUAGGAUAUUUUUGUAAAGCAAUAUGACACUCUUUGUGUGAGCACACUGGUGGACUAAGAACAUUCUGUGCAGUAUUAUAACAAGAGAGUGUCCAUCUCAAAACGUUUCAGCAGCCAGUCAUACUUGAGGGCCAGUCUGCCUAACAUUCCAAAGUACCUCAGAGCAAGGGAAAACUUUCCUCUCUGGAGGUAACUGAGUAGGGUGUUUUUUGUUCUUUUGUUUUUUUUUUUUUUUGUGUGUGUGUCUGUCAUAGGAAAGAUCAGUUUCUUCCAUAUGUUUAACACACUUCUUAUGAAGUGCCAAGGGUUGCAUCUCAAAAAUGCCUUAAAUUUUAACUGGAGUUUACAUAUAUGUUUUGUCAUUCCAAAAAUAAAUGGAUGAGCCAGUGUAAAAACCAUGUUAGACUUUUUGGUUAGCCUAGGUACGUAUAUAGGACACGUAGGUUUUGUGUUUAGUAGAGAACUGUAAUUAGUACUUGCAUGUAUCUGUGAACCAGUGUCAGCCAAGGGCUUCUUAUUGUCAAAGAUGGAACGUUUAGUUACUCAGUUUUGUUUUGUAGACUUUGGGUGUGGACGGUUGAUUUCUUCCAUCAACCAAUGGCCUGAGUUUAAAGUUCAUGAGGGGGUCCUCUGGUCUUGGAUCAGGUUUAUUGAUUGAAUUGUAAGUGGACUUGCAUAGUAAAGUGCAUCUCUGAGAAAGAUUUAAAAUUGAAAUGUUCCAUUACCUGUGAUCAAGUCAACAAUGAUCCAAGACCAGCAGUGUCAUUUACAUAUGACCCCAGGCCAAAAUCACUGUUUGAGAUGUUUUUUGAGAGGCGUCCAAGUGGCCCCAGUUCCAGUAUUUGAAAUUUACAAUCCAAUCCAUUCCAUUCGUAUUUCACAUUCUGAGCUGAUUUAUUGAUGUUGCACAACAAACUCAGUCGUAGGAUUCAGUUCCAUUUUGGGUUUGUGCAUUGAGAAAUACAUCUGUGUUUCUUAAAUUUCUCUGGAUGAACUGGAAGCCAGUGUGUUUGGAGUGGAAGUUUAAUAAACAGCAAUGCGCUGCACAGGCCUGUAGUAGCAGUCAAAUGUGCUGAUUCUAUCUCAGUCUCUGUGACUCAGCUGUGCUGUUCUGGAAUAUCAAAGCCACUUUCUGGUGCCUUUUGUCUGAAUGAUCAAAACAAUGAAAACCUGGAAAAUGCUUGAAUACUUGUGAAUCUUGAUUGCUGACCUACAAGGAAGCUUUUGGUAGUUUCUUCCGUUUUGUGUGAGAUGUGUAUAUGGGGAUUGCUUUAUUGUAACAAGGAUGAAAAGGCUUCUCUGUUAAGUACAAAAGGUUCACUUUUUUUGUGUGUAAUUAAUGAUUUUUGUUCACUGCUUUUCGCAAUGUCUCUUUAGCCUGAUGUGGAUUCGUCUGGCUUUUGUCUGUGUUGUGGUGCAGACAGCUGUGUACCAGCUUAUUGAUUUUGAUUGUUGGAGGUACAAGUCUCAAGCAAGGUUGCUUACUUUUUAAAAUUUUUCUUUCUUUCUGUUGGAAUGCUUGUCGAAUUGUUGUGGAUAUCUGAUUUCUGAUUGUCUUUUUUUCUCAGCAGUCAUUAAUGUUGUUUCUCUAUGCAAACUGAAUCAUGGUGCAGAUUGUGCCUAGUGUAAAACAUGCAUGCCAAACUGGGUUCCUUCCAGGCCACAGCUCUGCAGUCAUUAGCAAUUUCCCUGGUCUAACACUCUGAAUCCGAUGUUUGAGGCUGAAUGCUGAAGUAUGCGGCCUUCAGUGGCUGAAGUCUGACACAUGGUUUGAGAAUCCCUGUAGACAGCACAACUUGGUCUAAGCUUAGUUUGUGUACAGAAAACACCCUGAAGUAAUGGGUCAUAAUGGUUUGUAUGUGACAAUGCAUUUCACUCCUGUAUUGCUUCAGCAAUGGUUCAGAGGAAAGUUCUGCAGUGACAUCGUUGUUGACUUUUUUUUUUUUUUUUUUUUAUA